AUGCCUACAGACCAAGCGAAAUCCGACAAUCAAUCUCAGCACAAUGACAAGCCUGACAACACGAAAAGUGCGGAUUUUCAAAGUUGGAAAAUGACCGAUCUUCCACCGUUACCCAAAGCUAGAGCGCCAAAUGAAAUUCUGAAUGAUCUUAAAGCCCUAGUCUUCACGGAUGAUGAGGGUUUAAAGCUUUUACGAGAACAAAUGUUUACCCCACGAGUGAUGUUGCCCCUCGCAGGGGACUUUUACGUUUGGUUCGGAGGGCCUGAUCUCGCGAGAGCGCCUCUGGAAUUGGGAGACGAAAUUGAUAGUCGCGAUAUCCAUCCAAGUGUGUCAGAAAUAAAAAGACCCACAAGCAUCAUGUCCUGGUUGAAACCCAACAAGCGACUACCUCGUGAAGUCUUUGAUAUCGGCCGACUAUACCUCAAAACGCAUGAUGCCACAAAUGGAGGCCCUGCAUAUCAGUCAAUCAAAUACAGAGUCGUCCUAGACAUGUUUACCGAAGCCGUCUGGUUAUUCUACGAGUACCACGAACUUGAUCCUGAGGACGACUCGAUAAUAAAGACCGAUUUCCUGCAGAGCGAGACAUUGAAGAUAGGUGGUCAGAAAAGCUUCGACUCAGCAAUGAUUCUAAAUUCAAUCAAGGAUUGGAAUGAGGACCUGACCAUGGAGGUCAUAAGAGAAAACAUAAAGGAAUCUGGCUUCAUGUCACACGUCUACAUUGCACCAGCUCUGUCUCGCACCGUCGAAGAGCAUAGCAAGUCCUCUCGGCAACGCCGCACACGUUCAUUAUCCUCGCCAAAGGAUGAAGUAACAAAACAGAAAGAAUAA